GUGGUUAAUGAUUGUCAUGGCUUGUGCAUUUAAAAAAACAGCCUUCCAGUGCUUUGUUUUUGGCGUGACAAGAGCGAAUCCAAGCACAGCAGCCAUGAACAAGUCAAUUCUAUUUGCAGGUCUCUGUGUUUCCCUCUGCAGUUUGGUCUCAUCCUCCAGACUGGUGUGUUAUUUCACUAACUGGUCCCAAUACCGACCUGGCAGUGGGAUGUUCAAGCCUGUAAAUAUUGAUCCAAACCUGUGUACCCACCUGAUCUAUGCCUUUGCUGGUAUAAACGAAGCGAAUCAGUUGGUCACUAUAGAAUGGAAUGACGAUGAACUCUAUAAAUCUUUUAAUGGACUCAAACAGAGGAAUCCAAAUCUGAAAACACUGCUGGCAGUCGGAGGCUGGAACUUUGGAACACAAAAAUUCACAACAAUGGUGUCAACACAAGCCAACAGAAAUACAUUCAUCCAAUCUUCUAUUCAGUUUCUGAGAAAAAAUGGUUUUGAUGGACUUGAUUUGGACUGGGAGUACCCCGCUGCAAGAGGAAGUCCUCUGGAGGACAAACAGAGAUUCACACUGUUAUGCAAGGAACUCCUAGAGGCCUAUCAGGCUGAGGGGACAGCAACUGCUCGGUCCAGAUUAAUGGUCUCUGCAGCUGUGUCUGCUGGAAAAGGAACCAUUGAUGCUGGUUAUGAGAUUGCAGAGAUGGCAAAGUACCUGGACUUUAUCAAUGUGAUGACGUAUGACUUUCAUGGCACCUGGGAGAGUGUGACAGGACAUAACAGCCCCUUAUACAAGGGAUCCCAAGACACCGGGGACCAUGUUUACUUAAAUACCGACUAUGCCAUGAAAUAUUGGCGGGACAAGGGAACACCUGUAGGAAAACUGAAUAUGGGUUUUGCUACAUACGGGAGAACAUUUAAACUGUCGACUCAGGCCAGUCAGGUUGGAGCAUCAGCCAGUGGCCCCGCUUCUGCUGGGGCUUUUACAAGGGAGGCCGGCUUCUGGUCCUAUUACGAGAUUUGCACUUUUCUUAACGGGGCCACUGUUCAGCUGAUUGAAGACCAGAAAGUCCCAUAUGCAGUGAAACAAAAUGAGUGGGUUGGAUAUGACAACAAGGACAGUUUUGGGACUAAGGUGCAAUACCUAAAGAACAACAGCUUUGGAGGAGCUUUCGUCUGGGCUCUGGAUCUGGAUGACUUUAAUGGACAGUUCUGUGGACAGGGAAACUACCCCCUCAUCAGCUAUCUUCGCUCUCUUGUAGCCCCAGAUCUUCCUCCUCUUCCCACAGGAACAAUUCCAAAUCAAGUGACUCCGUCUCCAACCAAAGAUCAACCUCGCACCACACCUCGACCCAGACCAACAACCACUAAUUCAGGCCAAAUCCCAGACAACUUCUGUGCUAAGAAGGCUGGUGGGAUUUAUGCCAAACCUGAUGCCCCUGGUUCUUUUUACAGUUGUGCCAAUGGCAUUACCUGGAUACAAAACUGCCCUGCUAAUUUAGUCUUUCGAGAUAGCUGCAAAUGCUGUAAUUGGCCCUAAAAGCUUGUGCAUCAUUUUAAGCCCUGAAAUCUGUAAUUCAGACUCAGAAUCAGAAUCAGAAUCACUUUUAUUGUCACUGUACCUGGGUACAAUGAGAUUAAUAAACACCACCAAGUCAGUGCGAGAGACAAUGUCUCAGAAAUAAUAAUAAUAAUAUAUAAAUAACAUACAAACAGACAUAAGGUGCACACAACGGUGUGAAGAAAAAAAAAUAUUGUUCAUUUACAAUUGCAUGCAUUCGUGUUGUAUUAAUUUCACAUGGGGGAUGUGGUACUGGGGUUUUCUGGGAGUAAAAAUGUUUAAGUGAAAUUGAUUAUCUUAAUUAAUUUCCUACCUAUUUCCUCCUUAAACAGGUAAUUAUACCAUAUACACUGCAUUAAAAACAUAAAUAAAUAA